AUGAAGCAACACAAAACAGAAGCAACAUCUCCACUAGUUAUCACCACAGCAACAUAUCAAGUGAGACCUUGGUUAGUUGGAACAAAGAAUUCAAGUUUAUGUGAAGCGUUGAUGCCUACGCAAGCUUCAGCUAAAUCUCAUGCAAUAAAUUUCAGGAUUUCAUGCUCCAGUUUGCCAGCAUGA